AUGAAGGCCACUCUUGUAAUAUUCUCUGCCAUCUCCAUGGCCAAUGCCUUUCCAGGCAUGUCCGAACUCCGGCAUGUAUCCCGUGCGCAAGAUGAAGACAAUACCAAGAAACUGCCUGGCGACUUGGAGGGUCAAGAUGAGAGCACCAUGUCUGAGACAGGGAAGCUCAUUAAGAAUAUCUUGCAAGGCAACGAAAAUCCUCAAGACCUGACCACGGCGUAUUCUUCGGUCCCGGACCAAAACUCAGCCGAGUGCAAGGCUGACAAGUGUUGCAUAUGGAAGCACAUCGCGGAUGAGAUGAAGUCCAAGAUGACGGGAGAUGCCGGACGUUGCAACAACCUCGCGAGACAAUGUAUUCGCAUGGGAUUCCACGACGCAGCAACGUGGUCUUUAAACACGGGCAAGGACGGCGGCGCAGACGGGUCAUUAGUUCUAGCCAGAGAAUGCUUCGACCGCAAGGUCAACAACGGGGUGACAGACGGCUGCAACCAGAUGCAGGCUUGGUUCGACACGUACAAGUCCUUUGGCGUCAGCAUGGCCGAUCUGAUCCAGAUGGGCGCAAACGUCGCCACGGUUGUCUGCCCCCUCGGCCCCCGAGUCCGCAGCUUCGUCGGGCGCAAAGACAACGCCAACCCAUCGCCGGACGGCCUCCUGCCAUCGCCGUCCGACCCGGCCGACCAGCUGAUUUCUCUCUUUGCCAACAAGACCAUCAGCGCCAACCAGCUCGUGGCCCUGGUCGGCGCGCACACCACCAGCCAGCAGUUCUUUGUCGAUACCGCCCGCGCCGGAGACCCCCAGGACAGCACCCCUGGUGUAUGGGACACCAACUUUUACGGAGAGACCACCGACGCCAAUUCGCCCAAGCAGGUGUUCAAGUUUCAAAGCGACGUUAGUCUAUCGCAAGAUUCUAGGACCAAGGGUGCCUGGACGGCGUUUACCGGGACACAGGGACAGCGUCCUUGGAACGGGGCCUACGCCGCGGCGUACGUUCGCAUGAGCAUGCUGGGCGUGUAUAAUACCAAUGACUUGACCGAGUGCACAAAGGCGCUCCCGCUGCCCAUCACUUCCUUCACGUUCCCCGAUGCAGCGGCCUUGGCGGACUUUGCCAACGGCGGCGCGCCUGAUGCCUCCAGAAACGCGUCCAAUGGAGAUAUUAUUGUAGUCUAG